GAUGAAUUACGUCGGGAGUAGAGUAGAUGUGCAGGAGACGGGUUUUCCUACUCAGCUCGAUGUCAGCGUGUGAUAUCAUAGUGACUGCAAAUGUCACCUUGAGAAGGGGCACGUCUCACAGCUGUGGGCUAGCAAUAUGUCAUAAUCAAUGCAUAAUACUUCUUGGUUCCAUCGUACUCAAACGAGCUCCUGUAACACCCCACCAAUGGACAAUAUUACCUUUGACCCGGCAGGCAGACGUGUCGAAAAGGAAAGUACACAGUAUUCCGCCUUGUCGGAGAAGUAUCGACCUGCUUGAUCUUGAGUUCAUUGGAUGUGUUGUUCAACUUGAGAUUGGAUACACAUGCCUAGCUAAUAAGUAA